GGGAGCGAGUCUCUGCCUGAUCACUACGCCGACACAAGAAAAGUAGUCCCUCCGCACCCAUCGAAGAUUUCUAAUUUCUCUUUCCAAGACAACGAAAAAAGUUGUCUAAGAAUGUAUACCGUCGCGUUAUCGGUUAAGUAGCACCACAUUUCGGGGUAUUAAUUGAGUAAAUUGAGUUUGGAUCAGUCAGCUGCAGUUUCAGCUCAUUUAUUCGUGCAGCGUCUCUACCCUAGGUAGGACGACGAAAGCUCAGCAGUACUUUCCGACUUGAUGUAAUUUGUGUAAUCUGUUAUACAAGACCUGUUUUUCUCCGCGGGUCCGAGUGGUACUCAAGCCAAGCUGGAUGCCUUUCAAAUGAACGCGAUGGAGCUGCAGACCCUUCAGAGUCAACUUAAAAGUGCCAUCCAGAACCAUCAGAUCGUGCUGUCAAAAAUGCGCAUUGAUCCUCAGAAUUCGGCCCUUCAAAGGCAGCUACACGACUUGCAAGCCGAAAUCCUGACGCUGAGCGAGCAGCAAAAACAGGUGGUACAGCAACUGAGGACAGAGCUUGAGCGGAAGCAAAGUUCAGCAGUGCUAAAGCUUUCUCACAAUGCACAACUCCUACCCAGGGCUGUGCUGGGUGGUGCAGGCGUUCCGGUGAAGCUGCAGGCAGCCCUCAAAGGAGGACCGGGUGGUGUGCUGCUGCCACAGGUGGUGGUGGUUCCGAGCUGCAGUGGACCCCCUCACGGGCCGCCCAGUCUGCUGGCCCCAUCGAUACGUGUGCCCCAGUACCCGCCUUGUGGCCAGCGCCUGACUCCACAGCAGCCGCUUGUGCAGGCCCAACAUCAGCAACCCCAGCAUCAGCAUCCCAGCAGCAGCAGCAGCAGCAGCAGCAUCAGCAAUCUCAGCAGCAGCAAGAAAGAGAAAACUAGUUCAAAACAGCACACCUUGGUUGCCACUGGCCCUGCGGUGCCACGGGUCCCCAAGUCCUGCGUCGCUGUGCUUGUGCAGGCAAGCAGCAUCAACAGCACAGCUGCAGGACUGAUGGUGCCAAACCUCGGAACCACCGUUGUCCACAGCAACACCCACACCACCACUGCCACGACGACCACGACUGCCACCACCAACGGCAUCUGUGGAACAGGUGCAACCACAACGGUGACAGUGACAGCUGCGACGCCUGCACCCGUGCCCACUGCGGCCGUGGCUCCUCCUCGCAAGAACGUGGCUGUGGGUCCCCCUCCUCCAAGUGCCCCUCCACCAACUAAGGAGGACCAUCAGAAGCUGGAACUGCUUGGUGCCUUGGGCCUGAUGACCCGGGAGGCUCUGCGCGAGCUCCAGCAUCGUCGGGGAGAGCGCAAGCGGCGCACCACUGCCAACCCCCACUUUUCCAGUGCUGCUCUGGAGGAGAAGCGGCGCAACGCACUGCUCCUGAUUGGUGAGAACAUGGCCUCGGGCAGGAAAUGUCAAAAGGUGCGAUCACGCCUUGGCUCAUCCACACCGAGUUCACCAGAAGCAUCAUCGAACGAGACCAUGCCGAAUGGCCACCCGUCACCACCACCCUGUUGCGAUGUCACCACAAAGAGAGAAGAAGCGCCAGUGCUUCUGAAUGGAGACGUGUUGCAAAGCUGGACGAAAAGUACUCCGGAAGAUCAGGUCACAAACAACUCCUUGGGCUGGGUCAGUGACUACACCCUACUCAAAAGUGCCAAAGCGGAAGAAAAGCAGAAGCUGCUGAAGAGAAGCCUGGAACUAAAAGCUGAGCGCAUGCAGCUAGAAGCAAAGAAACAGCAGCUGUCCGAGAUCAUUGCUAACCAGCAGAAACGGCGCCUGGAGCUGCAGCUUGCCCUGCAGAAUGUUCAGAACUCGUUGGAAAAGUUUGAGCGUGUUGUGAAACUCUUCAAAGAGGCCUCUUGAUGAGACUGGUGGUAGAGAGAGCGCGUGAGUGCUGCUGCAUCCCUGUGAAGUUUUCUCCCACAUUUGGUGCGAUUUGGAAGAAGUAGCCUCCUCUUGGAAGUCCUGCCCACAUUGCUGUACCAGCCUAUAAGCCGACCCACUCAGGACCGCCUCCUGCGCCACCCAUUGAGUCUACACUACAGGUGCCGCAUGCCAUUGUGCGCGGGGAGACGUAGCCCUUGGCGCUUGGGGUUGUGGAUGUUUCGGCAUUGAGUGAAAGGAGGCAACACUGUACACUACAAUUUUGGACACUGCAGUGUUUGUGCGUGCGUGCGUGUGUGUGUGAUUGAGUGAGUGAUAGAGGGAAGGAACGAUGUGAAUACCACGGAUGGUGAUGUGUUCAUGCAUACUCCGUGCUUUGGCUCCAAUUGUGCGAGAAGAACUGCCAACGUUCUAGUCAUGUGUGCCGGGCACCGUUGUCGGCUGCGGCUUUCUGAAUAUUGCCAUUCCACGGAGGUAUCAAGCAGCAUCUGCCCAGCUUUUUAAAUGUGCUUUGGAGUGUACAAGAACGGUCCGGUUAAUAUAGUGAUGUUUGGUUUCUGCAUGCAUGCUUUUAUUUAUUUAUUUUUUUCCUUUCUAUUCUUUUUCUGACUUUUUUGCCUUAAAUGUAGAGAGAUCUUUCAGUAAGAUGGUGCGUAUGCAUCUGGGUGAGAAGUUGUUUUCUCACACAAAAUUAGGCAAAACUUUGUCUUUGCUGGUCCCUCGCUGUUUAUCUUUCUUCCAGCUUACCGUAACAUUGGCAGAAAUUAAAAUAAAAUUUGUAGACAGUGUUUAGAACCUAAACUGCAAUAUAUAACAAAAUAAUAAAUCAGAUUCCUAUAAGGGGUCUUGUUUUGUUCUUUGUUUUUGUUUUUCCUUUUUUUGUCCAUGUGAAAUGUAUCAUUAUUAUGCUUUGCUUGCAAUGUUUUUAUUGUGCAGUUUACAGAGCUAAAUGUUUCAUCAAAUGAAGUUACAGGAGAGAUAAUAUAAAGGCAUGCAUCUAUGGGCCAUGCCAAAGCUUAUUUAUGUGUUGAAAGUUUCUGGAAUGGAGUGAUAACAGCUGCUUGUUAGACCUUAUGGCACCUGAUAAUCCCAGAACUGUUUUUAAUGCGUGCCUGAUGGGCUGUUGGCACUGUAUAGGUGCAGACUUAACACGUGCCCUCGCAUUUUCCUCCUACUUUGCAAAGUGUUGAGAUUUAGAAUGUGCCGUCACUGCUACUUGCCAAGGCAUGUUUCACAAUGUACAACAGCGGGACUUUGAUAUGUGCAUAUCUUGCCAUCUCCCAUCUUUGUGAAGUUGCAAAUGCUCAAGCCUAGAGAAGGAGGCGGGGGUGCAAUCAUCAUUGACAGUAAUCGUCAUGUGUCUGUGACACGUUAACAGGGGUUGGCCACAUGAUAAUUUGGCAGUUAAUGAGUGACACAUUUUUAUGUUUUGCUGUGAUGUGCUCUGUUAAAGCAUUUGAUUGUCUACUGUCUUGGAGCAUUAUGAACUGUCUACCUGUCUGUAUUGAUAAACAGUGAGUGUACAAGGAAAGGCUUGACGUCAGGGUCUCAUUUUUGUUCUGAUGAGUGCAAGCAUUGUCUAUACGUUGCUGGUUGUUGAGGCUGGACUUGUCUGCAUACUGUUUAUCAAUUCAAGUAUUCAACUUCCAUAAACUCCUUUGUGCAAUCUGUGUUCAAUCACAGAAAUCUUAAUAGCAGACAGUAGUGCGAGAUAUGGCAUAAUAAACAAUGUGCCAUCAGUCAGGGUAUUACCAUUGACACUGCAACCCCCACCCCCUUUUUUAAAAAUUAUGUCUGGUUUAAGAUUCUUUUAUUGUGCGUUACUGCUUGUAAUUCUUUUGUAGAAAAAAAUAAGUACUCACUGAGAUUGAUCUGAAGGCCAACAUUGCUUGCCAGGUGGACUACUGUGUGCCAAAUAAGGUUUGCAUUUGACAUGUGCGACUGCUUGAUGCCUGCAACUUCUGACACAGAAAAAAAUGUGCGUUUGGACUUCUGUAUGACCCUGCUGUGCUGUACAGAGUACUGCUAUGUUGCAACACCUAGUAUUUUUAUGGUUUCAUUUCACAAGUUUAUAUAAACACAAGAUUGCUGGUAGGACCAAGAGGCAAUGUUCACUGAACCUGUGUUUCAUAUCAGCAGCUAGUCAUUGCCUAACAACUCUGCCCAGUGCUUUAUCAGAUAUGUAACUAGCCAAUGGUAGCAUGUUUUUGUAUGCAGCAACCUCUUGGGAAGAAUUUGAGAAACCUUGGUCACAGUUCUGAAAUGAAUGGCUACUGUUCAACUCAGCUUGUUAUGCAUCAUUGGUGAGACUCAUUCUCUUUGCACAAUACUUUAGAGAGCUUUUCCAGCCCACCACACUAGCAACACAGCACUGACUUAGUUUACUCAAAACUGCUGCAUGGAGAAGUACCAGAAAUGCAUCUGUCUAAGCCACAGAUUUGUGAAAUGUUUUGCUCAGUAAACCGAAUGCUUUCUUUGCCAAAAUGGUAUGCUGAUGCCAGUACCAUGAGUUUAGGGUUCAGUAUUGGGCAGCUUAUUCAGUAACUGAUGUAGUAUGAUGUUAGCACACAAACGAGACAGGUUAUUGAUAAUUGUCAGACUACAGGGUGCUGUUGAGUUGUAUUGACUGAAUGAUGAGUAGGCUUUCAAGAUUUGAGUGAAUGGGAGCGAGGGAUUAUGCUUGCCAUUUCUUGAAUUGUGAGGAAUGUGCUGGAGUUGCCAUGCUUGCCACAACUUGUAAGCCAAUUCUGAGUUUAUCGCAUUGCUUAUUAAAAGUAGAAAGAUAACCUCUUCUUUCAAGUCUAAGCAACAACUCCAUUUUCAGCAUUAAGGUGUUUAAAAAAAAUUGUGCAAGAAUGUUUUGCUGAAAUAUAGGCCAUUGCCAUUUGAGAAGAAGUCAUGGUAAAGUCUUCUAAGAAAUGCAGCACUGCACUUGAGCUCGACAGGAUAAAAUGAAUGUCCAAAUGGUUCUCUUUAGUGACCGUGGAAGAUGGUUAAUCAGGUGAUUAACCUGCGGUCAACACAACUUUCUAGUGUUUGUUUCUGAAGUAUUUUCAGUAAGGCAAUUCUCGCUCAAAUAUAAUAUGACUGUGAACCUAAGCACCUUCCCUUGCUUUUGUUGUCAUGGAUGCUAAACAGAAAAAAAAAGUGUAGUUCCAAAAAAGAAAUAUCACAACUGUUUUAUGCCUGGUGUCAUGUUUUGUUGAUCACUUUUAUUAAUGUUCCAUUAGCUGGACAACAAAUAGAUGCUGAAGAGGCGAGUUGGUUUCCAAUGAAGGAAGUGAAGUUGUGAUCAGAGAGACUAAAAACUAAGAUGAACUUAUGCAUCUUACAGGGGACCUGCAACAUCUUUUAUCAGAAUGUGCCUGCUAAUGCAGUGUACUUCUUUGCGAGCAUGUCCUAAAUAAGUUCUUAAAUAUACUUUGUGUUUUCAACGUCACUGGCUUUCAAAUGAUGCCAACCCUCAUAAUCACAAGCUUUGCUCACUUUUCAGUUGUGUGAAGUUAUGCUUUUACAUAAUGAAAAUGCAUGUUCGGUCCAUCACAAUGGGAAGCUCUUCUACUCACAUAAUCCUGAGGUUGUUUGAGGUGUCACUACAUUCUUCUGUCUGAUACUUUAGGUCAUAGUAUAGGCACAGUAGUGGUAUUGCCAUCCACCACCAGGUAGUGCUGUUGCCCUAUCAUUAAUGAGAAUUCGGUUACUCUCAGGAUGCACUGCUUGACUAUGACUUCGAAAAACACCCAGGCACUGGCCAUUGUGUACAUAUGUGUAUGGAAUAUAUACAAAAAGUCUGUGGGACUAGGGAGGCCGAAGGAAUCCUAGCUGUAUGUUGAAUUAAACAAAAGUUUUGUAGAUUUAAUGGUGGAUGCAGAUUUCCAUGUUCUUGUUGGUUAGCAACUAAGCUGGUGUUUUAUGCUCAAAAGGUGUUGCAGGAACCCAUUGGUCAACUCGGAGCCAGAUUUUCUGCUCAUGUGUUCCACUGGUCAUUUUGAAUCUUCUCUUUCCUCGGCAGAUUGCAACAUUGGCUGCAGUUUUUAGGCAAAGUUUCAUCCGGGUCCUACACUCAUGCAAAACAGGGAAUGCUGCAUAGGCUACAGAAGUUCCUCUGCCAGACAAUAGUGCAUGAAAUAUGAAAGGUGUGGAUGGUACAGCUACAUGUGAUAAUAUAUCUCAUUCUCUUGCACUGCAAAAUAGGUUGUAAUUACUGUUUGGGAGGUGCAGCAUAUUCACCAUCAAGUGAAUCGGGCAAUAUUUAAAUGUUGGUCUGUAAGAAAUAUCGCAAAUUGAAAAACUAUGCACUUGCAGAAUCUGUUUAAGGAGACUUCAUAACAGCUGUACCAUUGUAGCUUCUCCAACAUUGCGUGCCAAGUACCAAAUAGAAUAUGGACUGCUGGCCGCCAGUGACAAGUUCUGCUGUGACACAGCACUGAGAAUUUUUGUUUUUAUGGUGGACUUGGAUUUAUAAAAUCUUUGCACUUGCUCGACUGCUUGGGUGCCUUCACGAAGCUGUUCUUUGUAUUUUGUUACUUUUAUGCUUUGUUUGGAAUAUACAACACAGCUUCCUCUUUAAAUUUGUGUCAGGUGCCUGAAUUGACGGAAGUUAUUGUGAUCAAAAACACUUGUGCCUGUGAGCACAUUUCAUCAUCAAUGUUAUCUUUGAGUGCACAGGCAGGCAGAAACGUUGAAAGAUCACCGAGUGCUUGUCACUGUUAUGGGCAUUGUGUUGAAUGCGAGGCUGUACAAAAAUGAAGUUGAUGCAAAAAGUAGUCGAAGAGCAUAACUCCUCACAUUUAUGUGCCGACAUGUGCAUGUUUAAAUUGAUGUUUAGAUUGUCUUUGACAGAGUGAACGGAAAAGGGCCAUGCAUUGUGGUUUCGGUGCAGACGCGUACUACGAACUGUCUUCAAUGCUGCUUUUGUGCACAUUGGGCUAAGCUCUCUCGCAGUUUAGUUCCAGUUUUUCUGAGAAUGCACACGCACUUUGUUAUGUCAAAAGUAGUCAGUCAUUUCACCAUGUAAACAUAUAGGAAGUGCAGAUGCAUUUUUAGCGUUCCAAAGGGCAUUUUUUCUUUACUUUCACUGAGCUCCCAUGUUUAGCAGAUGUGGUACGGGUGCAGGCAGAAGUCAUAUUUUAAAUGUUAAACAUUGAUUUUUGAUGAGCCUUUGUUAGUGGUAGCGAAAUCCUUUUGAGGAACUUCAUCUUGUAGGCUUCAUUUUUUAAGAUAGGAAUGCGCAUUGCACUUGGUGCAAGUUGUUUAUCGGAAGAGCCUGCCCACCUUGAGAACAUAUCAUAUGUUGCCAGAGUUCUCAUCAUUAUCAUGCCAUUUCCUUGCCGUAGGUUUUUAUCUUGUGUGGUAUGCUCUAGUGAAUGGGUGUUCCUAGUAUGCAUGCAGAGUGACUAUUUUUUGCUACGAGGUGCGACUGCUUGAUGAUACAUGGGCAUUGUAUAUAAUGACAGAUGUGAGUUCACUAGUCGCACAGAUUAUUCAUUUGUUUCCAGAGUGUACAAAACUUAUAUACAAGUUUCAAUGAUGUAUGAGUGCGGACUAACCGAGACACAAUUUUGGUGGUGCCCUUGUUUGCGAAAUAAUUCUUUUUUGUUGUCCAUAAAAAAAAGGGGGGGGGGCACACAUUGUUAUCAUACCUUUUUUUGGCUUGUUUUAUCAUACCAAUUCAUUAUAGCAGAUUUCUUGCCUUAUUGUCAUACUUAGCCUACGAGGAAUGCUCAUUUGUGAAAUUUAUGCUAUAGAUAUCGAGGAAGUGUGUGUGAGUUUGCACCCUCCUUCCCUGUUAAAAAUGUACAGAAACUGUAUAUCAACACUCAUUCAUGGUAGGAUACCUUUUUUUUUAUCUUUUAGAAAACUGACUGAAUUAAAUAUACAUAUUCAAAGCCUGA